UCGAAAGGGGCGGGGAGGAGGAGGAAAAAAAUCCCGAGAGUUCCUUCCGGUUGGAAUGUUCAGCAGCUGCUCAGCGGGAGAUGAAUGGCGGCCGCGUGGGAGAAGCCUCCUGGAAUGCCACCGGCUUUUCUUUGUUGGCCUGGGAUUCCCGAUAAUCCAAGGAGCGAUUUGGAGGCACCUCGGGAGGUUAGCCUGAGAGAGUGAGUUGGCUUUCCUCAAAAUGGCUGCCGAGCCGGGAAUGUCGUCAGGUUUGGCCGCAGAGUGCCAGGCCGAGCCAGAGUUUCGGGCGGUGCCGCUAAAGACAGAAAUGAACGAAGAAGAGGCGGCGAGUCCCAUGGCAAGGGAAGAAGGGGAAUGCACCCCCCAAAGUGUCACUCUGUCUGGGGAUGUUGAGGAGUUCCUGCCAAGAUCCCCACAAAACCCAGCCAAAGGUGAACCAGAUUGGGGGGCCCUUCGGUACGGAGAGACCCGAGAGCAGACAAUUCCGAAGACGGCAGAACCUCCCACCUCUGGUUGCCCGAACCCGCAGACGGUGGGGUCUCCUCGCCAGGUGGAGGCUCAGACUUCUUUAAGCUCCUCUGAGGUAAAAGCCGCAGGUAACCGUUGCCCCUCUGAGGGGCAGGAAACCCAAACCCCGUUGGGAUCGAGUGCCCAGUUCCAAGAGUUUCCCAGGAACCCCGACUCCCCGAAGCAGCCGGAGGAAGAGCCUCCGGCGGAGGAUGCGGUCGUCCUGGAGAUCCAGCGGCAAAACUUCCGCCAGUUCCGUUACCAAGAAGCCCAAGGCCCUCAGGAAGCCUGUAGCCGCCUCUGGUUCCUCUGCUGCCGGUGGCUGAAGCCCGAGAGGCACACCAAGGAGCAGAUCCUGGAGCUGCUGAUCUUGGAGCAGUUCCUGACCAUCUUGCCGGCGGAGAUCCAGAGCCAGGUGGUGGAAGGGUGUCCGAAGACGUGCGCCCAAGCGGUGGCCCUGGCGGAGGGGUUCCGGCCCAAGAAACGGAAGCUCGAAACGCAGGAGGAGCAGGUACCCGAGGAAGCACUGAAUUUCUCUGCACCAGAGCAGAUUCCCUCACACCAUGAAGCGAAUCGAGAAGGUGACAUUGAAGUGGGCAGCUCUCCGAGUAAAGACCUAUUGAGUGCAACUGAGAGAAAUCACCAAGAUGUCACUGGUGAAGAAGCGGCAAAUUUGGUGGAAAUGGGAAGUCCAGAAGGGGAGGUUUCGCAAAGUGGCAGCCUGGAAGAAGCUUCUAAAGGUUGGCCGGGCUCUAAAGAAGCACAGAGAGGUUCGCUGGGAGAGAAAGCAGGAAAAUUUAAUCCGUCGGAAGUCGAGGAACCGCUCGAUGACGCUGCUGGACAGCCGAAAAUCCCCACGGUGAAGAGUGAGACUGGAGCCGUUGACGAAAGCAGCUUCCCGGACAACUCGGAGGUCAUUGAGUUUCAGGUGACCCACACUGGCGACCUGCCCUAUAAAUGCUUGGAUUGCGGGAAGAGCUUUAAUUAUAGUACCAGCCUCGUCCGACAUCAGAGGAUCCACACGGGAGAGAAACCGUACAAGUGCUUGGACUGUGGGAAAUGUUUCUGCCAGAGUUCAGGCCUCACGAUUCAUCAGAGGAUCCACGCCGGGGAGAAAGCCUACCAGUGCCUGGACUGUGGGAAAAGCUUCCGGGUGAAGUCCCACUUAAUCCGGCACUCCAUCAUCCACAAAGGGGAGAAACCUUACAAAUGCGCUGAAUGCGGCGUCAGCUUUUGUGAACGGUCGGAGCUGAGGAUCCACCAGAGAAUCCACACAGGAGAGAAACCGUAUAACUGUGCAGAUUGUGGGAAAAACUUUUGCCGGAAGGCACAGAGAAUCCACACGGGAGAGAAACCGUAUAACUGCGCAGACUGUGGGAAAAACUUUUGCCGGAAGGCGGAUCUGACUCUCCAUCAGAGGAUCCACACUGGGGAGAUGCCCUACACAUGCUUGGAGUGCGGGAAAGGCUUCCGGUGGAGCUCGAACCUCAUUACCCAUCAGAAAACCCACACCGGAGUGAAACCCUUUGAAUGCGCCGAAUGUGGGAAGAGUUAUUAUUCCAACAUGAGCCUAAUAAGACAUCAGAGAGUCCACACGGGAGGGACUCCCUACAUUUGCUCCGACUGCGGGAAAAGUUUUUGCGACAGCACCAGCCUUACCAGGCACCAGAAGAUCCACACGGGGGAGAAGCCGUACGUCUGCAUGGAUUGUGGGAAAAGCUUCAACCGGAAUUCGAACCUUAUUUCACAUCAGAGGACCCACACGGGAGUGAAGCCAUUUCUCUGCAGUGACUGUGGGAAAAACUUCAGAUCCAGAUCGGAACUUCAGAGGCAUUACACGAUCCAUGUGGGAGAGAAAAGUGGUGGUGAUCCUAGCGGUGGUGAUCCCGAGGUUCCUACUCAUGAGAAACUGGAUGGGGAACAGCCUGUUAGGAAAGAGUAG